AUGGCCGGCUCGUCGGCGCUGUACUCGCUGGGGACGAGAGGGCCCGACAACCUGUACCCGCGCCGCGACAACAGGGUCCGCAGGGAAGCGCUGCUCGGCGCCGCCGCCGCCUCGACCGCCUCCCUCGUCUCCAACCCCUUUGACACGGUCCGCGCUCGCAUGCAGCUGAGCGACAGCGGCGGCCUGUGUUCAAGGGGUGGCGCAUCGAUCCGGUCCCCCCUGCACGCGAUGGAGCUCGUGGUCCGCAAGGAGGGCGCCGUCGCGCUGUGGCGCUCGCUGCCUGAGGCCGUUGUGUACAACGCCGUGCUCAACUCGGUCCGCUUCUCCCUCUAUUCCGCGCUCACCGUCUCCGCGGCCCAGUCAAGCCACAUGGAGGCGCUCCCCAAGCCCGUUGGCGGGUUUGUGGCUGGGUGCAUCGCUGGCGCGAUCGCGAGCCCCAUCGCCAAGGCUCGCACGGCGGCGCAGCGCGGUCCGACCGACAGUCGCAGCAGUGCCCUGGUCGAUACGAUCAGGCACCGCCCCUUUUCCGGUGCCUCGUCGUGGGCGCUGCGCAACGGGGGGCACACCGGCAUCAUCUUCUCCACUUAUGAGGGGCUGAACCGCGGCUUCUCCACCUCCCUCUCCGGCCUGCCCCCAAUCUCCCACUCGCUGCUCGCCUCCCUCUGCGCCGCCACCAUCUCGUGCGUGCUGAUGAACCCCCUGGACGUCAUCUCAACUCGAGUCUUUGCGCAAAGCUCUCCGCAGCCGGCCCUCGCCGGCGCGAGGAGCUUCGGCCCGGCUGGCUUCGCGCCGCUCGGGUGCUGCACCGGCCUCUGCAUGCCGAUGCCGGCCACCGCCCACUACUCUUCGCCCGUCGAUUGCGCCGUCAAGCUGGUCGCUUCGGAGGGGGUCGCCGCCCUGUGGAAGGGCCUCGGCGCCAACCUAGCUCGCAUCGUCCCGCAUACCGCCGUCACGUUUGCUAUCGUCGAGAGCCUACGGCCGCGCCUCGCGCGGUCGUGAAAGCCCCCCCCCACCCACCCACCCACCCACCCACCCACCCCACCCCCCCUGCUCCCUGACUUGCUGCCGACUACGAUGUACAGCCGUGGACACAACACUGCGAACUUCUGUGGGCGGUAUGUGUCACAACUCUCAUUCAGUGCUUUUGUGAUUGUCGACUUGUCUCUUUUUGUGUAUACACCUUA